AUGUCUUCCUCCUCUGACUCUUCUUCUUCCCGUCGCUCGGCGGGAACCCCCGCGUCGACGUCUUCGUCUUCUUCUUCUUCUUCAAGUCCUCGCCGAAUGGAGAUUCCGUCAGGUUUCCCAUCGGCGUCUCCUUCUCAGCCGACCCCCUUUUCUUCGGAGGCAGUUACUCCUCUGAGUUCGGCGCCUCUCACGACGGUGGCGGCUCUUCCUGAUGGCGCAGGACGGCCGCGAGGCAAGUCUGACUCCAUCGUCCGGCCGGAAGGGCGUCCGUCGCAAAUCUCUGCGGCGGACCUAGAAAUGGCCCGCUUCCUUUUUGGGCCUUCGGCCCUCGUCUUCGCUCCAAAAAACCGGCAUAUCUAUGACCCGCCGGAGGGCUGCGUGGGUAUUCACCUGCACUCGGUUGCCUUUGGCUUCCGAGUGCCUCUGUGUCCGUUCCUCUCCCUUUUCUACCGCCAUUACAACCUCGUUUCGGGUUAG